AUGACUGACAGAUACUCCUUUUCGCUGACCACUUUUUCGCCAAGCGGCAAAUUGGGUCAAAUAGACUAUGCAUUGACAGCAGUAAAACAAGGUGUUACUUCGCUGGGAAUAAGGGCUACGAACGGUGUGAUCAUUGCAACGGAAAAGAAGGCAACCUCUUCACUUGCCCUGUCGGAAUCUCUCUCUAAAAUAGCAGACAUCACCCCCGAUAUCGGAGCUGCGUAUUCUGGUAUGGGUCCAGAUUUCAGAGUACUCAUCGAUAAGUCACGGAAAGUAGCACAUACCCAUUACCACCGCAUUUACAAUGAGUAUCCUCCAACCAAGAUUCUCGUGGCAGAAGUGGCAAAAAUCAUGCAGGAAGCCACUCAGUCCGGUGGUGUUAGACCAUUUGGUGUAUCGCUUCUGAUUGCGGGCCACGAUGAACACAACGGUUAUACUCUUUACCAGGUAGAUCCAUCGGGGGCUUACUUCCCUUGGAAGGCCACUGCGAUUGGUAAAGGCUCCACGGCUGCAAAGACGUUUUUGGAAAAAAGAUGGAAUGAUGAACUAGAGCUCGAAGACGCCAUCCAUAUAGCACUUUUAACUCUCAAGGAAUCUGUGGAAGGUGAAUUCAAUGGUGAUUCUAUUGAAAUUGCAGUCGUAGGAGAGGAGAAUCAGCAUUUGUUAGGUUUUACAGGUGAUGAGUCGGUGAAAGGUCCCCGAUUCCGGAAGCUUUCAGCACAAGAGAUCAACGACAGGUUAGAGGCUCUAUAG